AAUUGUCAAGUUGUCACUUGACGUUUGAUGGUGGCGAGACGCCAGGCGCAACUACAGUUGUGAUUUAUUUAAGACGCUUUUCACAAAAAGCAUCAUGAAAACGAAAGUUCAAGCCCAACGCAAGUUUGCUCAGGGAGCUUAUGUGCCACCGAGUGCAAAUAUUAUUAAUACUGUUAUAAACAGGCGAGUUAAUAAUUCUAAUGGCAAACCAAAUAGAUAUUUUUUUCGUCAUAACACAUCGGCGGGAAGACUUUUGGACUCAAUUUCAUUUGAAGGUAUUCACAUACAUAAACCAGUCGUUGUAUUAGAAAGAUUAGAGAACCAUCAAUUUCAACAAGUGGACAAUGAACCUGAUGAUCCCAGUGACAUAUUGAUACCUAUUAAUACUGUAUCUUCUAAAACACAAGUUACGACAGUCUCAAGGAGAUUACCUUCACUGAGAAAUGCAUCAAACCGGAAUUCAUCAUGUUUGUGUUCGAGAUCAAGAGUUGAAAAAAAGAAAAUUAUUUCAAAAAAGAAACCUAUUAAACAUAAUUAUCCUCUAAAAAGAAUCAGACGUAAACCAACUAGAAACAGAAAAUUUUAUAUGAAGUUGAGAUCAGCCAGACCAGCAUCUACCGUCGAUACAGAUUUCUCAAUUGAAGAUGAUAAGCCCUUGAUGUUCUACACCAAGAAAACAAAACGAAUUAUCAAAAAGCAAGAAAAACAACAGAAGCUUCCACUGAUGAGCAACAAAGAAAUCCCACCAAUUAAGCAGGCUGCGCCGAAUAUUCAGCCUACGAAUGUUGCGACUGAUGCCUCUCAAUCGGAGACUGUUAUUCAAUCACAACCUCAAACUAUAAGGGCGGGCGUCUCUCAAACGGGGUCUGUAUUACAACCGCGAUCUCAAACUAUGAGGGCUGGUGUCUAUCAAUCGGUACCUCAAUCACGAUCUCACACAAUGAGGGCUGGUGUCUACCAAUCGGUACCACAAUCGAGAUCUCACCCUAUGAGAACUGGUUUCUCUCAAUCGGUACCUCAAUCGCGACUUCAUACUAUGAGGGCUGGUGUCUAUCAAUCAGUAGCACGAUCGCGACCUCACAAUAUGAGGGCUGGUGUCUAUCAAUCGGUACCUCAAUCGCGAAGUCAUCAUAUGAGGGAAAUACCUGGAGCGUGUCCACCCGAGAGAGUCCAAACUUAUCGACGGCUAAAACGAUACCGCAAUGAAUCUGCUGCUCAUUUACGAGUUGCGCAAACUGCGCGUGCCUCACAAUUCGACUCGAUAAAAGAAUCAAAACCUCAGUCUGUGAUCGAAAUACCUGAAGAAGACAUGGCAGAUGACUCUUAUCCAGUGAAAAGUAAACAAAUACCUGAAGUUUGUGCACCUAAGCCAGAGAAGUCUCUCUCACCGAAAAGUACAUCUUGUGCCUCUAAAAUUGAAUCGAAACCUGCAAUGGAAAAACACCAAAGAGUAUCCGUUACGACGACCGGUCCGGAUUAUACAAAUAAGAAUGUCUCUCAAACAAACGAUUCUUCGUUUUAUGGGAAUAAUGGAAUAGCAAACUGGAUGUGUAAUUCACGUGCAGUAAAUGAAGUUUCCAAUAAUGAUACAGCUGAAGCCAAAGAAGAAAACGGUACUGCAUCUGACAACAAUCAUCCUCUUCAAACAAAGACAAAUGGAGCGGACGACGGAGCGGUUGCUGGUCCUUCAACUUCAUUAGAAAAUACCGAGCAAUGUGAUUCACCUACUCCUAUAUCUGGAAAAAAACAAAAUGGCAAAAAGAAAACUAGGACAACUAGACGAAAGAAAAAAAUUGGUACUAUUAAAAAUUCAGAUGCUAAGAUAUUAGAGGCACCUGUGUUUCAUCCGAACGAAGAAGAAUUUCGAGAUCCAAUAGCAUAUUUCCAAAAAAUAAUGCCAGAGGCGGCUAAAUUUGGUUUGUGCAAAGUGAUUGCCCCAUCAGGUUUCAAACCAGAAUGCACGAUUACAGACUCGAUUCGUUUUGUAGUAACAAAUCAAUAUAUUGCAAGACUAUACAGCCGAUGGGGUCCAGUAACACGUGAACUAUGUGCCUUGCGCUCAUUUUUAACGUCACAAAAUAUUACGUUUUCCCACGCGCCCUUAAUGGAGGGCUUAGAAGUAAAUUUGCCUAAGUUAUUGCAUUUCGUACAACGACAAGGUGGACUCAAGGCGAAUGUAAAAAGCCGCACAUACGUAGAUACGAGGAAGUGGAACAGACUGGCAGAGGAACUUAAUUACACAAAAAUGAACAAUCCAGCAAAAAAACUGGAUCAAAUAUAUGUGAAAUAUCUACUACCGUACGACGCCCUCACUCAAAAGGAACGGCAAGAUCUAGCGGAGCAAAUGGAUAAGAGAUGGUCGAAAAGAAACGAUAGAUUGUUACAACGAGCGCAAAACCCUCUACAUCGUCAAAGGAGAUUGCUAGGGGAGUCUGAUUCAUCGGAUGAUGACGACUGUGAAGAAAACCAACAAAUAGCCGCAGCGCUCAACGAAGCCGAAGAGUGUGUGAUUCGUGGACGAGUCAUGAAUCUUACUAAUUUUAAAAAGAUAGCCAAGACUGCGCUCCAAAUAUUUUUCCCAUUGAAACCAACGACCUCCGAAGUUGAAUCACAAUACUGGAAGCUCGUGCUCCUCGGCAAUGAGCACGUGUGCGUCAACACCGCGUCGAUCGAUACAGGCACUGAGGGUUAUGGGUUUAGUAAAAAUAAAAAUGAGCCCUACGGCAAACAUCCGUGGAAUUUGAAGAUGUUGAGUCAGAAUAAAGGCAAUGUUCUCCGUUCGCUCGGACCUGUACUAGGAGUGACGGUUCCAACCCUCCAUGUCGGUAUGAUCUACUCGACGAGUUGCUGGCAUCGCGAUCCUCAUGGUCUGCCAUGGAUGGAGUACAUGCACACUGGACCUCAAAAAAUUUGGUAUGGUAUACCAGAUACGGAGAGUACCCGAUUCCGGCGCGCCGUAGAGAGCCUUUGUCCAACUGCUUGCCAGAACAAGUCGAUAUGGCUUCCGUCAGACAUUGCAAUGAUCCCGCCGACUUUGUUGCUAGAACGCAACGUGUCAAUGUCACGCAUAGUUCAGAAACCUGGGGAAUAUAUCAUAGUGUUCCCGAAAGCUUAUUCGUGCUCUAUCUGUACGGGCUACACGAUCUCGGAGAGUGUUUACUUUGCAACUAAUCCUUGGGUUAAAACUGUUAACUAUGUUUUUCAAGAGUUGCGUCAGAGUUGUGAACCGACGAUGUUCUCGCUAGAACAACUGCUGAUCGCUAUAGCUCGCGACGAGGGCGCCUCACUCACAAUGCUGCAGCUGGUGCACGAGAAUUUCUCCGCUAUUCUCUCUGAGGAGCUUGAAAACCGACGUCAGCUUGAAAAGCAUGGACUUAAGCCUCGUGUUCUUCAAUCCGAAAAACGAAACGCAGCCGGAGCGUGGAACGUGCACGAGAACGAAUGUGAAGUUUGUCGUACAACGCUAUAUCUAUCCCGGGUGAAAGGAGUAUUUCGCAAGAAAUAUUCAGUCUGCCUACGACACGCUUUACAAGUUCUUGACAACAAGGUUAAGAAAAUCGAAAGACGCGAGACGGAAACGUUUGAAAUGGAAUAUUUCUUCACAACCUUCGAAUUAAAAGAAUUGAUCUCAUCAGUAAUACAACGCUUAACAAAACAACCUGAAAAGAAACAACAAGACAUUAUAUAAGAUUAUAUUAAGUCUUAAGCCUAUUUUGUUGGCAAGAACUAAACCAAACUAGUCUUAAAUUUAAUUUAAAUUUAGAAAACAUUUUAUAUCAACUUAAAUAUCAUUGAUAAGCUCAAAUGAUUAUAAUUAAUUUCACAUUAUAUUUACAGCGAAUAUUUUCCCGUGUUAAAUGCAUAACAAUGUAAAUAAACCCUUACUUAAAGUCAGACGCUGAGAUAAGUUGCGUUCCUUACAAGAGCAAAAGGUUUUUUUGUAAUAAAAGAGUGUCGAUCAAAAUGCAUAAUUGUGUCAUUUUAUAAUCUAGAAAUAAUUAAUUGUAAUACCUUAUAUUAAUACUAAAAUUAAAGUCAGACAGACAGACAAUUAUUUUUAAAAUAUACAUAUGAAUAAACCUUAAAACGCCUUUAUACAGGUGUUUAUUAUUGCAAAAUUAUGACAUCGGUUCUCUUUCAUAUUAUAAUUAAUAAUAAUCUAAGAUAAUGUUUAUUUAUUUUAGUUUAGGAAUUGAUCGAAUAGAAUUGACAGACCUCUAUCUCUUAAAAGUUGAGAUGAACUUUUUGACAGUCAACCAUACACAAUAAGUUAAAGGUUUAAAAAAAACGUUUAUUUCUUCAAAAGAAAAAUUUAAGACUACUGAAAUGUAAUAUAAGGUACAGAAUACAUUUUACUGUUUAAAAAAUAUUAGGCAUUUAGGUAUUUUCCUUUAAGGAUACCGUCAAUGUGAAAGGAAGUGAUGUAUGUGACUAAUACACAAAAUAUUCUAGUACACUUUGUCAUACUUUAGAUAUAGUUAUUUUACCCUAAUUAGACAUUACAAUAAGAAAUUUGCAGGACUGUAUAAUAAUUAUUUUCGGUAAAUUUUAGUAUGACUAAAAAUUAAAAAAAAAAAACAAUUUCGGUUUAACUAAAAUAAAUUUAUACUAUAUUCUUCAAUUAAAUUCAAGUAAAAAAAGUGUUGAAAAUACUAAUAGUAUUUAUACGAAAGUUAUACUUUUAAAAAACGAAAAUUUUCAUAAAGGUUUUUCAAAAACGAAAGAUAAGGUAGGAUAGGAAUAGAGGACCAAAAUUAUGGACGAAUUUAUUGUAAAAAUAUCAAAGGUAAUUUUUUGUUGAUAUUUUCAUAUUAACUAAAUUUUAUCAUUCAGCUAGUAACAUUCCUAUUCAGAAUAAACUUUAUCAAAUGAUUUUGGACGAUACUUAAAUGUUCGUAUUUCUGCAUAUGAUUUUACAAAUACAUUUAAACUUUAUCGGUUAAUUUUACGGUAUGAUCUCCAGCACACUCCUUUUGUUUGAUGCAAAUACCUAAACAUUCCACUGCAAAACAUCAGUUUUGUUAUAGCACCAAUAUCAUAUAUCCUUACAAUUAUUAUCUUCUGUGCCUAUAAUAUAAGAAAAUUAAUAAUUGUAUUGCAUACAUCUUUAAAAUGUUAUGUAACAUAUUUAUAUAGGCCUCUCCAAUUAAACUAGUUCAACAACUUUCGAAGCUCAUAAUCGAAAUUUAUCAAUUAUCUCUCAAAACGACCGACGUAAUCUAACCUGCACAAAGGUUAACGUGUUAAUUAAGUUAGCUUUUAGACCAGAAUGUAAAAGAAGCUAGGGUUUCUAAUGAAAAUAUGAUCUAUAUUGUAUUCGUUUUUGCUAAUAUAUUUUUCAUUUUAUUGGCAACUUAAAGACUACUAUUUAGGAAUUGAAUAAUAAAUAAUAAAUUUUAACGUAUGAAUACCUCCGCCCUGGCAAUUGAAGUCUCUUAUAGACUUUAUUUCUUUCUCUGCGAAAACGAAUCUUGGAUGCUUUUGCAAUUAAAUAGUUCUUAAAAUAAGAACUAUAUUUAAUAUAUUCCACUACAAUAUGGCACAAUUUUAUUUAUUUGUGAGUUAAUAGCGAUGUAAAUGGAAUAAAUUGAAAGACAUAAUUUUCCAGAACAUCGCGGUAUUAUAAUAAGAUGUGCCAUUCAUAUUUUGAUCUCCCAAGGUCAGGUAUUUAUUUAAAUUUAUAAGUGCUAUUGAUAUGGACUACGUAUAAAAGUCUUUUUGAUCAUUUGUUUAUGAAAAAAUCUUAAAAUAAGAUUUAGAAUAAGUUAAAAUUAACUAAUUGACUAUAAAUUUGUACAAUAUUUAUAAACGGGUAGCAAGUCUCAAAAUUAGGUAUUUUAUGGAUAUAAUUGUUUAACAAGUGAAAUAUCACGUAAAGAACCGUCCGUAAUAUUGCUGUUAUCCAAAUACAUAAAUAUGAAAGUUAUUAAAGGACUAAACUAAUUAUAACCAUGACUAAAAGUGCAAGCGAAAAAUAUUUGUGUACGAGUGAUUAAAUUACAUAGUCGGCCGCUGCCGUACCGGUACCACUUCUUUUCCCGUAUAUAAGCUGCUUUAGUAAUGAAGUCAAUUUACUUUAAUGCUCAAUCCGAACUCAUGCUUAAUUCGAUUAUUGUACGGAUCUUAAUCAUAUACAAUAUUUUGUAUAUUUGAAUAGUUUCGUAUGUAUUUGUAAUCUUAAAAUAUCUAUAUACCUUUCUGAUUCCUUAUAAACGG